CUCGGUUGUGACGUCAUUUUAGUGCGACUGCCCUUACGAUUGGCGCUCAGUGGUGUAACUAAAAAAUACUGUCAAAAAUACUGUCAGGAGGGUUAGAGAUGUCCUCUGGACCAGAUCUUCCAAAAUCAGCAUGCGGACUCAAGUCAGUCAGGAGAUCUCCUCGUCUGUCCCCUCAGGUUGCUCAUGGAGGUGGGGUUCAAGGAGACAAACAGAGGAUAAAAGGAGGCAACCUGAAGGAGGUGAAGAAGAAAGGGAGGAUGGCGAGGAGCCAGGAAGAGCGAGACAAGGAGCUGCAAGUCCAACUGCAGAAGCUUGACCUAUCUAGCAGGGCAUCUGCUACUGGGACAGGUCUGGUGUACUCUGAGACCUUCACUUGUCAUCAAAACCUGUGGGAUGCCAGUCAUCUAGAGAGUCCUGACAGAGUGAUGUCCAUCAUGGAGGAGCUGGACAGACAAGAACUGUUGUCCCGCUGUGUUCGAGUACAGGCCAGAGCAGCCACAGAUGAAGAGCUGCUACUUGUGCACACGAAAGAUUACAUUGGGCUGAUGAAGUCCACUCAGACGAUGUCCAAGACAGAAUUACAUAAUCUUUCUGACAAAUAUGAUUCUGUCUAUUUCCAUCCCGAGACCUUCCAGGUGUCCAUAUUGGCAGUCGGUUCAGUGCUCCAGUUGGUAGACCAGGUGUUGACGUCUCACCUCAGGAACGGAUUUGCUGUUGUCAGGCCUCCAGGACAUCACGCUCAGGCUAACAAGCCCAAUGGCUUUUGCUUUUUCAACAACAUAGCCAUUGCUGCUCGUUAUGCACAAAUGAAGCACAAAGUGAAGAGGGUGUUGAUCGUGGACUGGGACAUUCAUCAUGGUCAAGGUGUCCAGUAUGUUUUUCAAGACGACCCCAGCGUGGUGUACGUGAGCAUGCACAGGUUUGAGCAGGGAGCGUUCUGGCCUCACCUUCCUGAGUCAGACAGUAGUUUUGUGGGUGGUGGCCCCGCUGAAGGACGAAACAUCAACCUGCCCUGGAACACACUAGGAAUAGGCGACGCCGACUACGUGUGCGCUUUCCAGCGACUGCUGCUGCCUGUUGCCUACGAGUUUCACCCGGAGCUGGUCCUGGUCUGCGCUGGUUUCGACGCUGCACUCGGGGAUCCAAAGGGCCAGAUGUGCGUGAGUCCUCAGUGUUUCCACACACUGACUCACAUGUUGAUGUCUUUGGCGGAAGGCCGGCUCAUUCUCGCUCUGGAGGGAGGUUAUAACCUGCAGGCAACCGCAGAGGGUGUGGCUGCCUGUGUUCAAGCUCUUGUGGGAGGAGCCUGUGCCCCAAUGACUCCACCUACUGCUCCAUCUGACAGUGCCCUGAAGUCAAUCUCUGAGACCAUCUCAGCUCUUUAUCCAUACUGGACCUCCUUGCAAGUACUGGAGGGGGAAGGGCUUGCUGAGGGGCUUGUCAUCAGAGCAGCAGCCAAAGAGGAGAAAUUGGAGAGUCCUUCCCUGCCUGUUGUUAUGACAACGGGCCUGGUGUACGACGAGAGGAUGAUGGAGCAUCUCAACAUGUGGGACAGGCAUCAUCCUGAACAGCCUCAAAGAAUCUUCAAGAUCUUCUCCAAGCAUCAGCAACUCGGACUUGUGGACCGCUGUCGACGCAUCGCAGCUCGCUUCGCCACCGAGGAGGAGCUCUCCAUGUGUCACACUGCAGACCACAUCCAGCAAAUGAAGUCCACAUCCACGAUGAAGGCCAGAGAUCUGCACAAGCUGGGACAGGAAUACAACUCCAUCUACAUCAACAAUCAGAGCUUUCAGUCGGCCCUGCUGGCUGCUGGAAGCUGCUUCAAUAUUCUGGACCACAUCCUGACUGGACAGGUGAGGAAUGGCGUGGCCAUUGUGCGUCCUCCAGGUCAUCAUGCAGAAAGAGACUCUGCAUGUGGCUUUUGUUUCUUCAACACAGCAGCUCUCGCCGCUCGCUACGCUCAGAAGGUCUCCCAGCAUGCACCUGUGCGUGUGCUUAUCCUGGACUGGGAUGUUCACCACGGCAAUGGCACCCAGCACAUGUUUGAGGACGACAGCAGCGUCCUCUACAUUUCCCUCCAUCGCUAUGACAACGGAACCUUCUUCCCAUCCUCGGAGGAUGCCGCUCCUGGCAGGGUCGGCAUGGCCGAGGGGGCGGGCUUCAAUGUCAACGUAGGGUGGAGUGGUGGGCGAAUGGGAGACUCUGACUAUCUUGCCGCCUUCCACCACAUCGUCAUGCCCAUUGCCUCUGAGUUUAACCCCAGUGUGGUGCUGGUGUCAGCUGGAUUUGAUGCUGCGCGGGGAGACCCUCUUGGCGGAUACCAUGUGACCCCAGAGGGCUACGCCCACCUCACGCACAUGCUGAUGUCACUGGCUGGGGGGCGGGUCUUGCUCAUACUGGAGGGCGGUUACAACUUGACGUCCAUCUCUGAGUCCAUGGCCAUGUGUACAAGCGUGUUGCUCGGUGACCCGCCGCCUUCACUCCUGAUGCCGCUGCCCCCACCUCACCAUGGUGCCGUGACAGCCAUCAAUGAGGUCAUCCGGUACCACGCCCCCUACUGGAAGUCACUGAGGAUACGCAUCCCAGACUCCGUCCGAGCAGCCGUACCUUCCUCGAAGACUCAUGGGAAACGGAGUAGUCAAGGCAAAGGCAGGAAGUCAAGACAGAGCAGUCCAGACAAACCACCGCUGUCUCCUGUGGCGCUGGAGAACACAAGCGCCCAGUGCAAUCUGGACCAGCUCACACAGGAAUUGGCCACUUUGGACAUUGGUCACACCUCAGCCACUUCCACUCCAGUGGCCAGGUCCAGAGUCCACUGUAACGAGUACGCAAAGGAGGAGUCAAGUCCAGUGUCUCCUGAGCAGCGUCAAUCAGCAGAGAGCUUGCAGCCUCGGGACGAUGCCGCAGCACCAGUAAAGGUUGCCCUGGGAGACGACGCUACGGCAGGGGAGGGGCCAGAGCCAGAGGGAGCGUUUGGUUGGUCCAAGCCUCAGGGAACUCUGGAGCUGAUGUGUGGAGCUGAGAUGGGCGGAGCCACCAUGUAUGUGGUGGACCCUCUGUCCUGGUGUCCUCACCUGGAUGCUGUCAAGCCCCUCCCCCCCUCGGGUAUUGAUGUCUUAUUGCCCUGUCAGGACUGCGGCUCGGAGGUGGAGAACUGGAUUUGUCUCACCUGCUACCAGGUGUCAUGCGGCCGCUACGUGAACGAGCACAUGUUGAUGCACGGUGUGAUGUCACAGCAUCCUCUGGUGCUGAGCUUCUGUGACCUCUCCGUGUGGUGUUAUGUGUGUGAGGCCUAUGUGCACAAUCAGGUCGUAUUUGAUGCCAAGAACGCAGCCCACAGCGCCAAGUUUGGAGAGGAGAUCCCGCCCUGGAGUUAGGGCGGGUUAAGGGGAGGACAUGAAGGCAUCAUCAACACAACUCACAACAUUUCUAAACCAUUUUAUUGUUAUCAUGUUUUUUUCUUAUCAUUAUUGUGUUUUUUGUUGGUCAGACAUUGAGGAGGCCUGUUUGUUGUGCAAUACUGUUUCUGUAUCAACAUUAAAACAUGAAGAUUA